AUGUUAGUCACAUGAUCCACAUCAUCGACACAGAGCACCCCUGGGACGUUUACUCUAUCAACUCUACACACAGUGAGGUCAUUUCCUGUCUGGAGUGGGACCAAUCAGGGUCCAAGCUGCUGUCUGCAGAUGGUGACGGUCAGAUUAAAUGUUGGUCGAUGUCAGAUCACCUGGUGAACAGCUGGGAGAGCGUCCUGUCCAGUUCUGUGGACGGAGAUCCAAUCGUAGCUCUGAGCUGGCUGCACAACGGAGUCAAACUGGCCCUGCAUGUUGAGAUGUCGGGUUCCACAAACUUCGGUGAGAAGUUCUCUCGGGUGAAAUUCUCUCCAUCUUUGACUCUGUUUGGCGGGAAGCCGAUGGAGGGCUGGUUGGCGGUGACAGUGAGCGGUUUGGUCACUGUGUCGUUGUUGAAGCCGGGUGGUGCCCUGCUGACGGCCAGCGAGAGUCUGUGCCGGCUGCGAGGACGAGUGGCGUUAGCUGACAUCGCCUUCACAGGGGGAGGUAACAUUGUGGUGGCAGCUACUGAUGGCAGCAGCUCGUCGCCUGUUCAGUUCUACAAGGUGGUGGUCAGCGUGGUGAGUGAGAAGUGCCGCAUCGACACAGAACUGUUACCAUCUCUGUUCCUGCGCUGCACCACCGACCCGCUGAGGAGGGAAAAAUACCCUGCCGUCACCCACCUCAAGUUCCUCACCAGAGAGAACUCUGAACAGGUUCUGCUGUGUGCGUCCAAUCAGAGCGGCAGUAUCGUGGAGUGUUGGUCUCUGAGGAAAGAAGGACUUCCUGUCAACAACAUCUUCCAGCACCGAUCACCAGUGGUCGGGGAGAAGCAGCCCACCAUCCUGAAGUGGAGGAUCCUGACAACCACCAACGAUCUGGAGCGAGUGUCGGCCGUCGCUCUGCCCAAACUGCCCAUCUCCAUCUCCAACACCGACCUGAAGGUGGCGUCAGACACAAAGUUCUGCCCCGGACUGGGUCUUGCUCUGGCUUUUCACGACGGCAGUAUUCAGAUCCUCCACCGUCUCUCCCUCCACACUAUGGGGGUUUUUUAUGGCUCCUCAACCUCCUCGUCGGGUCAGAGACCUGGAGACGAGUCUGCCAUCAAACGCCAAAGAACCGGAGGCCCUGCCCUCCACUUCAAGGCCCUGCAGUUUUCAUGGACCUCACUGGCCCUGGCUGGAGUCGACAACCAUGGCAAGCUCCACAUGCUGCGAGUGUCGCCCUCUAUGGGUCAGGUCCUGGAGAUGAACACGACGCUGCGCCACCUGCUGUUCCUGUUGGAGUACUGCAUGGUGACAGGUUAUGACUGGUGGGACGUCCUGCUGCACGUGCAGCCCACCAUGGUCCACAACCUGGUGGAGAAGCUGCAUGAAGAGUACAUGAGGCAGAACCAGGCAUUGCAGCAGGUUCUGGCGACCCGUAUCGUGGCGGUGAAGGCAUCUCUCUGCAAACUCUCCACAGCGACAGCAGCUCGAGCCUGCGACUUUCACGCCAAACUACUGCUGAUCGCCAUCAGCUCCACCUUAAAGUCUCUGCUGAGGCCACACGUCCUCAACACACCUGACAAGAGUCCAGGUGACCGCCUGACCGAGAUCUGUGCCAAGAACUCUGACACAGAUAUUGAUAAGGUGAUGAUCAAUCUGAAGACGGAGGAGUUUGUGUUGGACGGCCCCCCCCUUCAGUCCCUGCAGCAGCUCAUCCAAUGGGUGGGAGACUUUGUCCUCUACCUGCUGGCCAACCUUCCCAACCAGGGCUCCUUGGUCCGGCCAGGGUUCGGCUUCAUGAGGGACGGGGCAUCCCUGGGGAUGCUGAGGGAGAUGUUGGUGAUGAUCAGGAUUUGGGGUCUGCUGAAGCCUGGCUGUCUGCCCACCUUCACUGCCACGUCAGACAACCAGGACAGCAUGCAGCUGCUGUUCAGACUGCUCACUAAGCUGUGGCUCUGCUCCCGGGAUGAUGCCCCCCCCCAGGACCCUGAUGAGAGUCUGAUAGACGAGUGCUGCCUGUUGCCCAGUCAGCUGCUGGUUCCCAGUAUGGAGUGGCUCCCAGUGAACGACGGCGUCAUCGUCAAGCUGCAGGGUAAACACCCUCUUAGGCUGCAGUUUGGAAAAGCUUCGUCUCUGCCUGGAGGUGGCUCCGCCGCCCCACUGGAGGUCUUCACCAGGAGCCCUGGCUCUCAGAAGAUGGAUAAUCUGCGUUGUGUCCAUAUGGGAGUUUGUCCCACUGAGGAGAGCAAGGCCUGCACCAGGUGUGGCUGUGUGACGAUGCUUCGUUCUCCCAACAAGACAAACGCCAUGAAGCAGUGGGAGCAACGGUGGAUCAAAAACUGUCUGUGUGGAGGUCUGUGGAGGAGGAUCCCUCCAUCACACACCUGAACACAUCACACACACCUGAACACAUCACACACCUUAACCAUGUUCCUGAGCUGAUGACUUGUCAGUAAACUGAACCUGAUAUGAUGUCAAAUUUCUGCCUGUAAAUGAAGCUUGUUUUGUAUUUUACUUUGUAAUAAAACUCAAAAUAAAAGGCUCUGUUGCUUUA